AUGAAAUCAGGUCAAGAUCACAGUAGCAACCCCUUUGUGGAUCCUGAAAAGACACUCUUGUGCGACAUUUCAUAUUUAAAAGACAUAUUUCCUGAUCCCCAAUACUCUUUUUCCCUCCUUCGCUUGCUUUCGAUGAUGAUGAUGCAUCCCAAACGUCUUCUCAAACUAUUCCUUGCCGACAACUUACAUGACAUUGGAGCAAAAAAAUCACCAGCCUAUGUAGCGAUAUCAGCUCCCGAGAAACAGACCAUUGGAUUCAUUACAUUACGACUAGCACCACCAGUGAAGAUCAGACGGCUUCAAGAUGUUCGAGACAUUUUCUUGAAUCAUGAAUUUCUUCGACUUUUAAUGCUUGCCGCAUGGCUUGUUCUUUGCGGCUUCAUAGAGACAUUUAUGGCUCAAUUGAGCGACAUCAGAUACCAUGCUGGCCCUGCUAUUAGCAAGCACCCCUUGCGUGAUCUCUUGCACGAUGCAUUUCCUCUCGUUGCAGAUACACAAAUAGUAAACUACUUGCUAACGGCCACUAUUGUCUACACGGUUGCUGGUUUCGCCAUUCAAUCACCAGAUUGGACCACUCGUUUCAUGAUCCUUAGAAGAUGGGCCUUCAUCAUGGGUUUCAUCUACGUUUUCAGAGGCAUUACAUUACUCGUUACCACACUUCCUUCCUCUCUCAUUGAUGAGUGCCGCCCUCCAGAGAUUGAAUUAACUGGCACUGUGGCUCAACGAUUUGGGUUCAUUAUGGAGGUUAUCGGCGGAACCGCUUUAACAUGUACAGACAACAUUUUCUCGGGCCACACCUCCAUGAUGAUGUCCUGCUGUAUGAUUUGGAGAGUCCACUCAAGACUUCGUAGACCAUUUAGCUGGUUGCUCUACUCUGUAGCUACUGCUGGCAUCCUGAUGAUUCUGUUCACAAGAUUCCAUUACUCUAUUGAUGUCGUACUUGCCAUUUACAUUACAUACACUGCAUGGGAUACUUAUUUACGCUACAUUCAAGAGGCAUCUAUGCGGUACAUGUUUGGCUUCACGAAUCACUCAACAUUUGACCUCUUUAAUACACAAAUCCAUACAGCAGAUGCCGCUCGCAUAUACGAAUAUCUGAACUGGCAGCCUCAUCCGCUAGGCAAAAAAUGGAUGAUGUGGUUCUUUAUGUAUGUCGAUGGCCUCGACAUUCGUCUCCGGGCAAUGCGUGUAUUUGAUGAGCAUGGUGUUUGGCAACAAAAAAACAAACCUGCAAGUAUGACCGAAAAAAAGCAUUCAACUAUCCAACCCAUUGUUUAA